AUGGUACGAAAGGAGCCUGAAUACAUUGAGUUGAAUGAAUACCAUGAAGAUCAUGAUCAGAACUUAACUAGGAGGAGUAGCGACAGGAAGUGGACUAAUUUGACUAAUUCUCAAAUUCAGCUUGUGUUGCUUCGAUUGGGUGUCCUUGAAGAUGAAACCUUUGAUCAAUCAUUCGUGCCAGAAGAUAUUCACAUAGGGAAGGAACCUCAAUUCAUGUUGACCAAGAUAGAUGAAUUGAGUAUAGAAGAUUCCAUAUCAAUCGUGAGAGAUGCAUUGGUUGAACAUAAUGGUGAUGUGAAUUACUUAGCAGAUGAUUAUAAGCUUUUAGAAAGACUUAUAAGAUUGAUUCCACGGGAGGAUGAACAAUUUGAAAUCUCAGAUAUAGAAGUCGAUAAAGAAGAAGAGGAAGAAGAAGUACAUACCCGUGGACAUAUUAAUCACAAAUUAUACCUUAGAAUUAUAGAUUGGAAUCUACAAAUUAGAUUAGAAGCAGCAUUAAUUCAUUAUCAUUCACCAUAUCCAGAAAUAAGAGCAAUCACAGAACCAUACGAUGAUCCAACUAUCCCUAUAGAGACAUUUAGAGUAUAUGUUAUAAGUUUAGUAUGGACAUGUAUUGGAUCAGUGAUAAAUAAUUUCUUUGUUCAUAGAAUGCCAGGAAUUGGAUUAAGUUCUCAUACAAUGCAAGUCUUAUUUUUACCAUGUGGUAAGUUAUGGGAAAGAUAUAUGCCUCAUAAGACAUUCAGAAUAUUUGGAUAUUCCAUUGAAUUAAAUCCUGGUCCUUGGACUUAUAAAGAAAUGAUGUUAGCCACAAUCAUAUAUCUGUGUUCAUCGGGUACACCUUAUCUGGUCUAUAAUAUAUUUGUCAUGAAAUUAGAAAGAUUUUACAAUUUAAAGUGGGUCACGUAUACAUUUCAAGUACUUUUGUCUAUUUCAACCCAAUUUCUUGGAUUUGGAUUUGCAUUAUUAAUGAAGAAAGUUUGUGUUUAUCCAAGUAAAGCAAUUUGGCCAACAAUUUUACCAACCAUAGCAUUAAAUAGAGCUUUGAUGAAAGCAGAAGAGAAUAAUCCAGUUUAUGGAUGGAAGAUUUCUCAGUAUACUUUCUUUUACGUUGUUUGUAUUGGAAGUUUCUUCUAUAAUUGGAUUCCAUCUUACUUCUUUACUGCACUAUCACAAUUAAAUUGGCCUACAUGGUUUAGUCCAAAUCUGAUUCAUUUAGUGAAUGUAACAGGUACGUUUGUUGGCUUAGGGUUAAAUCCAUGGCCUACAUUUGAUUGGAAUAUAUUUGAUGCAGCAGGCUGUCUUACUAUUCCAUUUUAUACUUAUGCCAAUCAUUAUAUUGGUUCAAUGUUAGCAUUCUUUAUAAUCUUGAUUGUUUAUUAUACUAAUAACUAUUGGACUGCUUAUUUACCUAUAAACUCCAAUAGAUUAUUUAAUAAUAAGGGUGAAGUUUUCAAUGUUCAUGAUUUAUUAGAUGAGAAUAAUAUGUUUGAUAAUGAAAAGUAUCAAAAGGUUGGACCACCAUAUUUUACCGCUGCAAACUUGGUGUUAUAUGGAGCAUUCUUCUGUUUAUAUCCUUUUGCCAUAGUUUAUCAUUUUACUACUGAGUGGGAAUCAAUGAAAUCAAGUUUCCAUAAUGUUUGGGUUACUCUUAGAGAUUCUGUUAAAUCAGGAAAAUCUCAUGAUCAAUUUGGAAGAUAUCUGAACGAUCCUCAUUGUAAAAUGAUGGCCCAAUAUGAAGAUGUACCAGAUUGGUGGUUUUUGUCCAUCUUGAUUGUGAGUACGUCAUUUGCUAUAUUCUGUGUCUCAUUAUAUCCUACUGAAACACCAAUUUGGGGAAUCUUUUGUACGAUGUUAAUCAACUUUAUAUUCUUAGUUCCUAUUACAUCUAUUGCAUCAGUCACUGGGUUUUCAUUUGGAUUGAAUGUAUUGGUUGAGUUAAUCAUUGGGUAUACUAUUCCAAAUUCUGGUAUUGCCUUGAUCACUUUAAAGAGUUAUGGGUAUAAUAUUGAUACUCAAGCUAGUAAUUAUAUUACCGAUCAAAAAUUAGCCCAUUACGCAAAAAUUCCCCCCAGAGCAAUCUUCAGAGGUCAAUUAAUAUCAACGUUAUUGAAUGUGAUAAUAGCAUUAUUCGUAUCGAAUUGGCAAAUUGAUAAUAUACCUGAUAUCUGUGAUAGAAUGCAAAAGGAUAAAUUAAGUUGUCCAGGAGCCAAUACUUAUUUUUAUUCGAGUAUUCAAUAUGGGGAAAUAGGUCCAGCAAAAGUAUUUGGUGGACUUUAUCCAGUAUUAAAAUGGUGUUUCCUAUUAGGGGUUAUAUUAGUGAUUCCAUGUGUGUGGUUUAAAAACCAUGGACCCCAACUUUUGAGACGUUAUUUCCAACCCACUAUUAUAAUAGGCGGAUUUUUGGAUUAUGCACCAUAUAAUCUUCUGUAUUUCACAGGAGGAUUAUAUGUAUCAUAUUUAUUUAUGUACCAUAUUAAAAAUAACUAUAUAUUAUGGUGGGAGAAGUAUAAUUAUAUUUUAACUAGUGCUUUAUCAGCAGGAGUUGCCUUUAGUGCAUUAUUAAUAUUUUUCACUACAGAAUAUAUUACUGAUGAAUUAAAUUGGUGGGGUAAUAAUAUUACUAAACUGGGUAUUGAAGGCGGAAAUGGUCAACGAUCAUGGUUAAAUGCUAAGAAUGCACCAAAUGGAUAUUUUGGUUUGCGUGAAGGAUCAUUUCCUUAA